AUGGAACCAAUAUGGACCGUAGAUUUGGAAUUGUGGCAGAAGUAUAGAGAGGAAACACGUUUAUUUCAGUUUCUAAUGGCUUUGCCUGAUGAGUUUGAGUCUGUUAGGGCAUCAGUCAUUCAUUGUUCACCUCUUCCCACGGUGGAAGUUGCUUUGUCUGAACUUAUUAUAAAAGAAACAAGGAAAAGAAUCACACCGGAGAUAUCAGGAGUAUUUGCUGUGCCCUCACGAUCCAUCCCUAACAAUUUUCCAAGAAACUCAAAUGCUCAAGUACAGUGUCAUAACUGCAAGACCUUUGGACACUUGGCAAGGAACUGCAAUCUCCCAUCGGCCAAUACAUCACCUGCUGCCACAAUACCUGACAUACCCACAACACAGUGUGGGUAUUGUAAGGAAUUUGGUCACUCAUCUAGAUUCUGCACCUCACCAACCUCAAGAAACAUGAGAAGGAUCAAUGCUAAUGGAGGAAACAAAUUCAAUACACCUACCAGAUUUACGGCAGCUCCAGUUUCAUCUGCAACAGAUCCAUAUGCAACAUCGACAACCUCAUCUGCAUUAGUUGUACCUGGUGGUGGUUCAGCACCAAACCUUGCUGAUAUUCAAGAGAUGAUUAAACAAGCACUCUCAAUUGGUAACAACCCUACAGCUGCAUCUGCCUUCUCUAUCUCCUCAGCGGAAUCUAAAAGUCAUGUCGUAGCUGCUACUCCCACUGCACUUGUGUCAAUAUCUCCCUUCAUGUCUUGGCAUUCUAGGUUAGGUCAUGCUUCCUUUUCUCGUCUUUCAUAUAUGAUCAAUAAGGGUUUACUAGGAGAUACUCGGUUAGAUAAAGAACCAAAUUGCAUCUCUUGUAAACUGGCAAAACAACCAGCUCUUUCUUUUAAUCUUAGCAAUUCUGUCUCAACUGAACCUUUUGCUCUUAUACAUUCUGAUGUCUGGGGUAAAUCUCCAAUUAUGUCAAAGGGAGAACAUAAUGGAGUUGCAGAACGUAAACACCGUCAUAUUAUAGAGACAUCUAGAACUCAGUUAAUUUCUGGCUCAGUUCCUUCAAAUUUCUGGGGAGAAUCAGUCGUUACUGCAGUCUACACCAUCAAUAGAGUCCCAACAACUGUCAUAGGAGGAAUGUCACCUUAUGAGCGUCUCUAUGGUAAGAAACCAAACUAUUCUGAGCUUCGAGUCUUUGGUUCAACUUGUUUUGUACUCCUUCUAGAACGUGAACGUCAUAAACUUGGUCAAAAGAAUGUCUUGUGUGUCUUCCUUGGUUAUGGUAUUGAACAAAAAGGGUAUCGUUGUUAUGAUCCAGUUAAUAGAAAGCUUCGUAUCUCUCGUCAUGUCACAUUCUGGGAGAAAGUUCCAUUCUGGUCACUUCCAAGCAGCAAAUCAUCAUCUUUUGAGUCUUUCACUUAUUCUGAUCCAUUUACUAAUGAAUCCAAUCCUAGCACUUUUCCUAUAUCUACUCCUGAAAGUCCAUCUCCUCUAGUUGUUGAUCCACCAAAUACGGAUGACCAAGACCACUCUACGACUCAACCUAACAGUGCAACUCAGGAACGAGAUCCUGAUUCUGAAGAAAAUUCUUUGCCACCUCGCAAUCGAAGACCACCAGCUAAGUAUGCAGACUAUUACUGUUCCUUGUCUUCUAUUUUGUCAUUUUAUGAACCAAAAACAUACAGAGAAGCUGCAUCCAUUCCAGAAUGGCAAGAUUCAAUGGAUGAUGAAUUGGAAGCACAUGCAGAGGCAGGCACAUGGGAAAUGGUGGACCUUCCUCCUGGAAAAUCAGUUGUUGGAAGAAGAUGA